AUGCAGAGUUGCGUCUCCUGGCAAUUAGCGCUGCCGCAGCAAGUGUCGGCCACGGAGCUGCUCCCCGUGUUGGUGCUCUCCUGGCCAGCACCCAUUGGUGUCUCUGCCAUGACGGGCUCUGUCGUGCCUGGUGUCAACCCCAACCCCAGCCCCUAUGUGGUGUUUUUAAAUAGAAUAUCAAAGACCCCUGUGGCAGCUGUCAGUCACACCAGCUUCCGACACAGAAUGUUCGUCCUUGUUCGACUCCCAGGUAUGGAGACAUCUCACCUCUGGACUUCUUUCCCCUUCUUUUCCAUGUGUAUUAUUGCACUUCUAGGCAGCUUCAUCUUGUUCUUUAUCAUAUCAAGAUAGCGAAGUCUCCCCAAGCCUAUGUACCUUUUUCUUUCUGCGUUAGCAGCAGCAGAGUUGCUGUUAUUGACCUCCACGGUGCCCAGGACGUUAGCUGUUUUCUGGGUCAGGGUGAGGGAUGUUUCUUUCGGUGCCUGCCUUGCCCAGGUGCUUCAUGUUCAUUUUACUUUUGUUGCCGAGUCAGCGAUUCUGCUGCCCAUGGCGUUUGAUCGGGCCGUUGCCAUCUGCAAUCCCCAGAGAUACACAACUUUAUUGACCCACUCAAUUCCACAGAGAUAG